AUGGGACAAAGAGGGUUACCUGGAGCUAUUGAGAGGUGCCCACUGCCACCAAAAUCUGCCUUUUUCGUGAAGCUUAGUGAACCUCUCCCAAAGCCCUUCCAGCCCGUUGUUUUCAAGGAAGCCCUGUACAACCAGCAGGACCACUUUAAUCUGACCACUGGAGUGUUCAGCUGCACCACCCCUGGUGUGUACAAUUUUGCCUUUGACAAUGAGCUGUUUCAGAGAUCUGUGAAGAUAGGACUCAUGAGGAAUGGCAUCCAGGUCAGAUGCAAGCAAGCCCAAGCCAAAGACAGUCACAAACAUACUUUGGGAACUGUCAUUGUGCAGCUGGAGAAGGAGGACAAGGUCUGGCUGGAAUCCAAGCUGAAUGAAGCAGAAUCUGAUAAAGGAAUGACUCAAAUUAUGUUCUUUGGGUAUUUUCUUUAUGGAAAUUAA